ACGAGUACACGACUGCGCUCAUAUGCCUAUAUAUUAACUGAGAGCACACCCACAAGAGAACGGUACUUUGUGGUGGUGAUAACAUGGCAGCGUCGCCGCUGCCGAGGUGGGCUCCGACGCCGAGCCCGACGAGGCCACUGAGAACGCCAGGAACCCCGAGCGCCGGCGCCGGCGCCGCCUCGUCGUCAUCGUCAUCGUCAUCGUCGUGGCGCAGCUGUGUGCCGUUACUCACCACCUUCAGUUCCGUCUUCGGAUCAUCAGCUGCGCGGCGCGGUGGUGGUCUCUCCGGCGGGGAGCCACCGCCGGCGCUGCCCCACGCCGGUCGCCAUGACAUCGUCGGCGGCAUUGCGCCUCUCGACGGCGUGGAAGCCGCCGUCGAACGGCGCCGGAAGGACGAGAUGAUGAUGAGCGCCACGACGGCGUGUAGCCGUGGGGUGUUCCUGACGUGGGACGAUCUGUCCGUGACGGCGCCGGCAGCUGCCGCCGGCUGCGGCGGCCACGGCCGCCGCGCCGUGAUACUCGACGGGCUCAGCGGCUACGCGCGCCCCGGCGAGGUGCUGGCUCUCAUGGGGCCUUCCGGCUGUGGCAAGACUACCCUGCUUGACGCCUUAGCUGGGAGGCUGAGCCCCAACAUGAAAAUGAGAGGAGACAUCCUGAUCAAUGGCCUGCGAGAGAAACUUUCGUUUGGAACAUCCGCCUACGUGACCCAAGAAAACGUGCUGAUGGCGACGCUCACGGUGACGGAGGCCGUCCACUACUCGGCGCAGCUGCAGCUGCCGGACUCGAUGCCGGCGGAAGACAAGCGGGCCCGCGCCGACCGCGCCAUCCGCCAGAUGGGGCUCGGCGCGGUCGCCGGCGUCCGGAUCGGCGGCCGGGUGUGCAAGGGCAUCAGCGGCGGGCAGCGGAAGCGGGUGAGCAUCUGCGUCGAGCUGCUGGCGUCGCCCGCGCUGCUGUUCCUCGACGAGCCGACGAGCGGGCUCGACAGCGCGGCGUCGUACCACGUCAUGAGCCGCAUCGCCGGCCUCGCCAGGAGGGACGGGAUGACGGUCGUCGCCGCCGUGCACCAGCCCAGCACGGAGAUGUUCGAGCUCUUCCAUGGCCUCUGCCUCCUGGCCACUGGGAGGACGGUGUAUUUUGGAGCAGCUUCAGAUGCAAUCGAGUUCUUCGAAUCUAAUGGCUUCCCAUGUCCCUUGAGGAGGAAUCCUUCUGAUCACUUCCUGAGAAUGAUUAACAAAGACUUUGAGGAAUCUGAAGAAGGAUCUACCAUUAUUUCUCCACGUGCUGCCGAAGUGAUCCAAAAACUAAUGGGUUCUUUCAAAUCUUGUGGUACCUUAAGGACAGAAAAGGAAGCAUGUGCAAUGAUUAAUCAGGGUGCCUCUCCAAUUCCUCAAAGGCAGGCAACAUUCUUGACCAAAACAUAUGUGCUAACCAAAAGAUCAAUUGUUAACAUGCACAGAGAUGCAGGCUACUAUUGGUUGCGAUUUGUUAUCUACAUUGCCAUUUGCUUAAGCAUUGGUACAAUUUUUUUUAAUGUUGGCUCAAAUUUUGCAUCAAUCCAAGCAAGAGCUUCCAUGCUAAUGUUUACAUCAACCCUAUUAACAAUGAUGGCAAUUGGAGGUUUUCCAUCUUUUGUUGAAGAUAUGAAGAUAUUUCGAAAAGAACGGAUGAGUGGGCAUUAUGGUGCAACAGAAUUUGUGAUAUCCAACACACUCUCCUCAAUUCCAUACCUAGGCCUCAUCUCCAUAAUUCCAGGGGCAAUAGCCUAUUACCUGACAGGGCUUCAAAGAGGAAUAGACCACUUCAUCUACUUUGCUGCAGUUUUGUGGGCCUGCACAAUGCUGGUAGAAGGAUUGAUGAUGAUUGUUGCAGCAGUUGUGCCAGAUUUUCUGCUAGGGAUAAUCACUGGCUCUGGUGUACAAGGUGUACUGAUGCUCAACGCUGGUUUCUUCAGACUCCCAAGUGAUCUGCCAAAACCAGUUUGGAAAUACCCAACAUACUUCAUCUCCUACCACAAGUAUGCAACGCAGGGACUGUACAAGAAUGAGCUGUUGGGCUUGGUCUUUGAAGAUAUUGGCGGUGGCGGGCUCACGAUUAGUGGCGAAUACAUCCUAAAGAAUUACUUACAGGUGGAAUUAAGCUACUCUAAGUGGGUGGAUCUUGCGAUAUUAGUUGCAAUGAUCAUAAUUUACAGGUUGCUUUUCUUAGUUAUUAUAAAGAUUUCCGAGAUUGUGAAGCCAAGGAUGCUUCACUUUCUCUGUGCUUCAAAGGUAUAGCAUUAUUCUAGUUGUUGUUGAGUACAAUAGUAUCCAUGGAACGUAUGUAGAUCCUUCUUAUAUAUCUAUCAAUAAUUUAUCGUGAUGAUCAGAACACCAUCAUGUAUAAUUGUAUAUUACUGAAUCAAUGAAAUUAUCUCUCCUUUUAUCCCCUGAAAAAAA